AUGGCAGACGAUGAAACGGAUGUCACAUUUAAGGAUCUGGGAGUAGUGGAUGUUCUGGCAGAGGCCUGUGAGAGACUGAAAUGGACAAAACCGACCAAAAUCCAGAAGGAGGCUAUUCCACUUGCUCUAGAAGGUAAAGAUGUGAUUGGCCUUGCCGAGACUGGGUCAGGAAAAACUGGAGCAUUUGCUUUACCAAUACUGCAGACCUUAUUGGACAAACCUCAGAGGCUAUAUGCCCUUGUUCUGACCCCAACCAGAGAAUUAGCCUACCAGAUUUCUGAACAGUUCACAGCUCUUGGUUGCGGUAUUGGAGUCAAAUGUGCUGUCAUUGUUGGAGGUAUUGACAUGUAUGACCAGGCACUGAUGUUGGCCAAGAAACCACAUGUGAUUAUUGCCACACCAGGACGACUCGUUGAUCACCUGGAGAACACAAAGGGCUUCAGUUUGAGGACUUUAAAAUACUUGGUCAUGGAUGAAGCUGACAGGAUCCUCAAUAUGGACUUUGAACAGGAAGUUGACAAGAUCCUGAAAGUGAUCCCUAGAGACAGGAGGACCUUCCUGUUUUCUGCCACCAUGACAAAAAAGGUUCAGAAACUACAAAGAGCAUGUUUGCAGAACCCAGCAAAAGUGGAAGUGAACAACAAAUACAAAACAGUGGACAACUUGAUGCAGUCGUAUGUGUUCAUACCUGUCAAGUUUAAGGAUGUGUAUUUGGUGCACAUCAUGACUGAGCUAGCUGGCAACACCUUCAUAAUUUUCACCAGCACUUGCAACAAUGUGCAGCGCCUGGCACUCAUGUUGAGGAACCUCGGCUUCAAAGCCAUCCCUCUUCAUGGACAGAUGUCACAGGAAAAGAGGCUUGGUUCACUGAACAAGUUCAAAAGUAAAGAUAGUUCUAUAUUGAUUGCCACAGAUGUUGCAAGCAGAGGGCUGGACAUCCCACACGUUGAUGUUGUCAUGAACUAUGAUAUCCCAACACACACCAAGGACUACAUCCACAGAGUGGGCCGGACAGCCAGGGCAGGACGUGCUGGCAAAGCCAUUACGUUUGUCACUCAGUAUGAUAUUGAGCUGUACAAAAGAAUAGAGGAACUCAUCAAAAAGCAGCUGCCACUGUACCAGACCGAGGAAGAGGAGGUCAUGCAACUUGUAGAAAGGGUUAGCGAAGCACAACGGCUUACCAAAAUUGAAAUGAAAGACGCAGAGGAAAAGAAAAUAGCCGCAAGAAAGAGAAAGAGAGGUCUUGAUAAUAUUGAUGACACAGAAGAGGCCAGCGGUGUCAGGAAGAAGUUCCAGAAGAAGAGGAAGCACUGA